GGGGCGUGGGUUCGAAUCCCACCGCUGCCAUAACCCUUUUCGUUAUGUGGCUGUUAAAUUUUACUCCCUAAACAUUUAUGUGGGAAAAUUGUUGACUUUUGGUUUCCAGCGGUUAGAAUAUUCCACAGUGAACAGAGAAAAUUUGCAUUUUGAAGCCGCUCUGCAUCAUGGUCCUGGGCUCCUCCCCACGUGUCUGUGUGGAUCGUACAGUCAACAUGGUUAGACUCACACCACACGAGCAGACUUCAGCAGCGGUAGCUACAGUAAGACGUUAGACCCCUGCUGCCUACUUCAUUUCCGGACAGUUCUUACACGGAUGUGGUGACCAAAACGAGAUAUCGUCGAAGUGAGCAGAUUGGAUCUUCUGGAUCAGCUGCCACUCCCUUUGCACAUCUCUGGCAUCUCCGCUCCUCGUUUGCUGACAUCAAUAUGGCUAGCGGGGAUGAUGAUGAUCCGGUUAUAGAAGAGAUUGAUGUAUACCUUGCCAAAAGCCUUGCAGAUAAACUCUAUCUUUUCCAGUAUCCUGUUCGACCUUCCAUUAUGUCCUAUGAUGAUGUCAACCACUUGUCAGCCAAGAUCAAACCCAAGCAGCAAAGGGUGGAGUUGGAAAUGGCCAUGAAUACCACAAGUCCCAACUACUGUCGUAGCAAAGGAGAACAAAUAGCUUUCAAUGUUGACGGCACCGGUUACGAUGACAGCAACACCUAUGCAUCGAAGUUGAUGGACAAGCAGACCUUCUCCUCAAUCCAGGCCACCACCAACACAUCCAGAUAUGCUGCUGCUGUGUUUCGUAAAGGUGAACUUCACAUCACACCUCUUACUGGAAUUCUGCAGAUGAGACCGAGCUUCUCUUACCUGGACAAGGCUGACAACAAAACGAGGGAGAGGGAGGCAGCCAAUGAAGGUGGAGACUCGUCCCAGGAUGAAGCUGAGGAGGAAGCCAAAGCCAUCACUGUGAGAUUUGCACGUCCCGAGUCUGAACAGGCUCGACAGAGGAGGAUUCAGUCGUACGAGUUCCUCCAGAAGAAACAAGCAGAGGAGCCUUGGAUUCACCUGCAGUACCAUGCGGCCAGGGACAGUCGCUCAGAGCAUGAAAGGCAGUAUCUCUUCUGUCAGUCUGUGGACGCCUCUCAGAACUCUGAGCUGGUGAAAACUCCCAAGGAGUACCUGGACAUGCUGAUGCCACCGCUCACAGAGGAGAAGUUUGUAAAGCCUGUCGGUCCCAGUAAUGUGUUGUCCAUGGCUCAGCUCCGUACGCUGCCACUGGGAGACCAAGUCAAGACCCUGAUGAAGAACGUCAAGGUGAUGCCCUUUGCUAAUCUCAUGGGACUUCUCGCCUCGGGCACAGACUCAACCUCAGUUCUGCGCUGCAUCCAGCAGGUGGCACUACUAGUCCAGGGAAACUGGGUUGUUAAGAGUGAUGUUCUGUAUCCUAAAAACACCUGCAGUCCUCUCAGUGGUGUCCCUGCUGAGGUCCUCUGUCGUGGCAGAGACUUUGUGUUGUGGAGAUUCACUCAGGAGCGAUCGGUUAUGAGAAAGGAAAUUGCAUCAGUAAUCAAGCUUCCUCCAGAGGAUGUGAAGGAGUUCCUGGAGCACGUGUCUACACCUCGGGUUAACCGGGGCUGGGAGUUUCUGUUGCCUACUGAUGUAGACUUCAUUAAGAAACACCAAGACAUUGCUCACAGGCAACACAUGCUGUGGCUUGGCAUCCAGAGCAAGUUGGAGAAGGUCUUUAAUUUCUCUAAGGAAGACUUUAUGCCAAAUAACUCUCCUCAGCCUGAGCCCAUCCAAGUAAGUGGAGAGCAGCGUUUAAAGAUGGCCCAAGAGCGAGCUCAGGAGAACCAGUCGUCUUUGCAGAAGGACCUGGAUGCCAGAAAGGCAGGGAACGGUGGCCACAUUCAACAUGAGCUAAUGGGGGACACAGAUGUGGAGGCUAUGGACACGUCUUCCUCCAUUCCCAACGGUUCGGUUAAUGGAUACUCCAGUGGCAGCCCGCCAGAUCACGCUAACGGCACUACGCCAUCAUCCGAGCUGCAGGAAUUUGUGACAAAGACUUUCAGGAAGCACUUUGUAUUGACGCUGAAUGAAUUUAAAAGGCUAUUAAACCUCCACCUGGCUUCCAUGCCAGCAGGAUGGAACGUCUUCCCCUCUGUGUCGGACCACAUGCUACAGGAUGCUAUGCUGCUCUGCCACUGCAAACAGAUAUUGGUGCCUUUUCCUUCCCAGAGCACACUGGCCCUCGAUGAACAGAAGGUGUUUGGUUUGUGGGAAACUGGAGAUGACUUUGAUCAACACCGUCGACUGCUGUACGACGUGUUCACCAGAAACUACAGGAUAAAGAGAAACUUGAUUCAAGCCAGACUGACACAGGAGCUUGGAGACGCCCCUAAAGCUGACAUUGACAGGCUGCUCAAGGAAUGCUGUAUCUGCCAUGCAGGGAUGUGGUACUUGAAGGGAACAGUACAGUCCUGACGUCGACUUGCUGCCCCUGGUGGCCACCGUUAGCCAAACAAAUCCCCUCCGGACUGUCCAGUGGGAAGGCAGUGGGACAGAUGAGAGCCAUCACAGCUUGUCCUGCUCUGAGGGCGGGGGACUGACUGACUGAAAGUUGUCAGCCACCUGCUCUGCUCAGAUCAUUAAGCUUAAUUAAAGCACUUCAGACUUUAACAUAAGCUGUGAAAUGUCACAAACGUUUGGAACAUAAAAUAAUAAUAUUUAAAAGCAAAAAUAUGAAGAAGUGACCACACAGACAGUUCAUCAGUUCCUGUUUGGCUUUCAGACCUAAUGCUAAUCCUAAUGCUCCUAAAGUAUUUUUGAAUUUUACUUUUACCAGCUCAAGAUGAUGUUUACUUUGGAAGCAGUCAUGGCUUUCAUUUAACUUCAUUUGUAUAUUGCCAGUAAACCUGUUUUACUUCAUCAUCAAAGUUAUUAUUGGUAAAAUCUGUUAGUUCUUUAACCGCUGCUUUCACUCCUUUAUUUUGGAUAUUCAACCUGUUAUUGAACAGAUGAGCUGUAGAGAUGGUUAAAUACAAUUAUGAAUCAACAAACAUGUAACCAGAAGAAAUAAAACAAUAUCACUUAGUGUUUUGCAAUAAAUGAUGGACAAACUACCUUAGGAAAUGUCUGUCUGUUUUAAUUGAAACUUAAAAAUGGGAUUUAAAAAGCAGGUUGAAAGGUGGGUGUGAGGUUUGACUUUCCUGGUUAAAUGUAUUUCGUUUGAGAUGGAUUACUUUUGUUAGAGAAGCUGUGGUGCAUGGUUUAGAGAAGAACCACUAAAAACUGCAUUUUGGAAUAAAAUUAUGUUGACGGUUUAUGAAAUGGUUUUCUUUAUACAAACUUCUCAAUAAGUCAAUGGUGAUACAUCGCUUGCGGGGAAAUGUAUUAAUUUGCCCCCAAGGAUUGUUAGGAUUGUUCAUUGACUAUAAACUCUGACUGAUGUGACGUCACAGCGCGCAACAAUGUAUCGGCACAUUAAAACAAAAAUGACUGGGAAGUAGAAGACAAAUACACGGUGUUGUCAAGUCUUGACUAGUUAGUGGAAAGAAUAUAAUAAAAAAAUGCCGAUAAUUUAUUUUAUCAAGAUGCAUGUUUGAUUGAAGAUCUAAAUGUUAUUAAGAAACUUCUCAUAUGUUCUUUAAUUCUGUUUUUAUUUAAAUUUUUAUUUGUACACUGAUCUAUAAGUUCUUUAACAUUAACGAUGAAAUUUACGUCAUUUCCUCUACCUGGUUUGCGCAUGCGUAUCAAAGGUUUUAAAGUUAUAACGCAAACAAACAUUUGGUCGUCGUCGAGUUUUUGCGGACGUAACGAGGGGAAAAAUCACUUUUUACCAAACUUUUUACGUUUAAACUACAUAAUGAAGCAGUUUUGUGUGAUGUUCAAUGUCAUUUUAUGGACAGUAGUUCGUUAGUAUUUUUUUCGAUAAACUUUUUUUGACGGCAAGUUAACCUGCUAGCAUGUGUUUAGUUCUGCAGUCCAGCGUUAUCAUCUCUGUGUACAGUCCUGAAAAGACAAAGGUUUGAAAAACCGAAAGUGGGUGAGCCAAACAACACUGAAGCAUGGCAGUGGUACUACAGUGUGGUUGGGGACAAGCUAUGGUGGAUACCUGGUGGCAAACAGGUGGAGAGGACUUGUGAACACAGCAUCUGGCCAGGUAGAGUGAAGGAGCAACUUUAUUUGAGGCAGAUCACUUGUUUGCUGGACUUUGAGGAUCAAUCGGCUCCAUACUGAAGGACCACUGCGCUCGGCUGGUACAUCUCCAUUACUUGGUCAUGAUCUAAACCCAAGACGCACAUUUUAAAAACGUGUGCACAGAGAAGUUGGGGGGGAAAUAAAACCAAAUCGCA